CUAAAUAGAUUCAUUAAAAGUUGUUGUUUUAAUUUCAAAUAAUUUUUAAUACAAACUACAUUGUGACAUUACACAUUACACAUUACACAUUGACACUGUGACUGAUAUUAUGAGUUCGUCAAGAAAAGAAGAUUUACAUUCAAAACCAACUGGAUCAUCAGUAUCAAAAAAACCUAAAGGCUGGUUACCAAAAAAAAAACCUUCUUCAUCCAAAUCGCAUGAUUUUCGCUGUCCAUACACUUUACGCAAGACUGGACAUUUUAAAUAUAAUAAUCAACUUUGGACUGUAGGUGAUAUUGCAUCUAUAAGUAAAUCGGAGGAAUCAUCUCAAACCUAUUAUGCACAAAUUAUUGAGCUACAUGAAAAUGAUUUAUGUGAAAAACGAGCAAUAAUCUUCUGGUUGGCACCUAAAGCUAACGUUGGAGUAACAGAUGAAUCAAAAAAAGUACAUCAUGACACUUUUAAACCUACUGAAUUUGUACAUAUUUCUGUUGAUAAGAGAUUAGUACCUAUGGAGUGCUUAACAUUUGUUAUGAAUAUUCCAAACUUGUUUGAGUAUAGACAACAUGUUGGUACUGAUUACUUGGUUGAUACAUAUAUUGCACCACAUUCUGAAAGAUAUGGAGAAUCUUCGUCAGAAUCUGAUGAAGACAAAGAAAAAAGACCCAAAUGCAGAAUCACACGGCUACUUAACAACUAACAAGUGAAUAAAAUUACUACUAAUUAUUUAUAAUGCAUUAUACCUAUAUCGUAAACAAAAUUAUCAUUUUUAAAUGUAUUUUUUUUUUUUAAUAUUUUUAAUUAAUAUUAGAAUUUUAAUUUUAGUAGAUAGAAUAAAAUGUUAUAUGACUAAUAUUAACAAUACUAAAGGUACCUCUUCAAGUUACUAUUUUAAGUGUUGUAUAAGUUUUUUGGUUUCCAAUGUAAUUCGACACUAUGAUUGUAUACAUUUCCACAACA